CCAGACACGCAAGAGGAAGCUAAAUGAGUGCUUGUGCCAUAGCAAAGACAAUGUCAAAUUCAGUUCGAUUCAACAUCUUUUUAUUAACCGCCGGUGUUAAAUUGGAGUAGAGAUAUGCGCCCCAAGAAGUGCUAUUGGACGACAGUAUGUUACACAGCCUCAUGCAAACUGUACAUACACCAAGGUUGGAUUGCUUGCUCAGCCGCGGGGCGGAGCACCGCCGCUACAUAAUUACUCGGUCGCAGCCUUGCUACUCUAAUUUUGUGCAAAGAAUACUCGGAUCAACAACCUUGGUCUGAACUUGUCAACCUCACUUCAACCUACAAGUCGCCUUCAUCAGUUUCUUAUGGUUGCCACAUCAUCGCACCGCGGCUACCGUCCGCCGACUGUGCAGUCCGACACUGAGUCCAACACUGAGGCUGACAACCCGCUUAAGUCCAAUGUCGCCGUCAAGUGCACCUCGCAAUUGUCCGACUUGGCCAGCGACUCAGGGUAUUCGAGCCGCACGGCUUCCACCAAUAGCACCGGUUCUGAUUCAGCUCGAAGCCCAACUGAAAACCUGCUUGCUCCCAAGGAACGCUCCAUGCCCGCCAUCCUAAAAAAGAGGCCACAUCAAGACAGUGUAGUUGAGGAAUAUGCCCCUUCUCAGGUUCCUCCACAGUAUCCUUCGUCGCCUAUCUUUCCGCACCCCCACCAGGCAAACGGCCACGGCCUUCGCGGGCCAGUCUCGCCAUAUCUCCCCGUCAUCCACCAGGACCGACAUUCUUUUAUUGGCGAUCAAGCACCCAAGCAGAACCUGCCGGACCCACGAUAUGGUCCCACCAUCACACCGGCACCAUUGUAUGAGGAGAACCCCCACGAGUGGGACAGUGAGGAAAACAGAAGACCUUUCGUGAAAAAGCUCAGACUACCUCCAGUAUCCUUAGUAGGAAAAGGCUGGAUGAGCAGUAUUCUGAUAGCGAAGAUGAGGACGAUGAACCAUACACACAAGAUGGUAUAACCCGCGGUAUAUCCCGGAGGCAUUCAACUAUUGUCGGCCCUGAGCGCCAGGUACGCUAUUUUCCUGUUUCGAAGAAUAGCAAAAAGGUAAUCGAGGGUUCACGGCUAGGGCGUCAUGUUACACUUAGGGACGCUAAGG